GGUCGGCGGCGACGCCAACGUCCGUCGACAAGUAAGUGAGUGACUGAAAUCGCUCGCAGCGCCACCGCGGUUCAAGACGACGACGUGAGCAAGAAGAAGAUUAGAACAACGACAAGUCCCCAAGUUUCCUAGAGUAGUGGUGCCUGCCCCGGUUUUUUGACAGCCCAUCCCGUGGACUGGAAUUAGGCCCUUGAGCUCGCCACACGUUUUGUAUCAUGGAAAAACGCAUCGACUUGGAACGGAGAGGUCUCGAACCCGCCGCAGUGAAGAACCUCAACCUCGACAACACUCGGGCGACUCAAAUUGAGGGACUCACCGAGGCAUAUACCAGUUUGUACUCCUUGAGUAUGAUCAAUGUAGGUCUGACUAGUUUGAAAGGACUACCCAAGUUGUCAGCCUUGGAGAGGCUUGAACUCAGUGAUAACCGCAUCAGCAAUGGUCUGGAUAUUCUUUUGGGUUGUCCCAAACUGACCCAUGUCAACUUGAGUGGUAAUAAGAUCAAGGACCUAGAUGCCCUGGAACCAUUGAAAAAUCUCGACCAUCUCACUCACCUGGACCUCUUCAACAACGCGAUUGAAGGUCAAGACGAUAUAUUCCGGAACAAGGUAUUCAAGAUGCUUCCCAACUUGCAGUAUCUCGAUGGAAUCGACAUUGACAACCAAGAAGACGAAGACAGCGAUCUUGAAAACGGUCUCGAUGAUGAAGAUGACGAGGAUGUUGAAGAAGGUGAAGGUGAGGGUGAUGAUGACGAUGAUGAGGAAGAUGGUGAAGGCGAGGAAGAAGAAGACGACGGAGACAAAGGCCCCGGCUUAGCCGACAUUUACGGGGAUAACCUCGACGAUGACGAGGAUGGCGCAGAUUACGACGAAACUGCAGAUCAGGAUGAGGAAGAUGACGAAAGCGGUCUCGACGAAGAAGAGUCAGAGCAUAGUCAUGGGAAACGACGGAAGUUGGACGACGGUGGAGACGGAACGGGCACAGCUUAGGGGUUCCCCUACAGACUUGUUCUCUUCCUAUAUUCUUGAGUGGAACUCUGCAACAACACACGGUAUUCCAAAAGAAAAGAAACUCCAGGCAUAUAUUCCAAGCUGAAGUCCAUUUUGAUUCGUCGUCGUGGUGCAUCAUCCCGAGCAUUAUUAUCAUGAUUCCAAAACGUAACUAGGGGUGCCGUGGCUCGCCCCUUGCCUCGAAUGCCACGCCUUUUCCUCCGUCGCGGGACCCUUUCUUGAGGGGAUUUUCCCAAUGUCACACGCCCUCAUUUUACUCAUGUAGACUACAAUUGCGAGAAGACAUUGGUCCAAGGGACGUGGGAAGACGUGUCUGAAUCCCCAAUUAUCGACCAUGUUCACCCUAUCACACCCAGCCCGAUGAAGUUUGAUGAAGAUGAUCUUUGUUCUUGAAUCAAACGACAUGGUUUUUGUAAGAUCUCACACUUCCUUAAUCUCCCUGCCCAGCGUGCUGAUUGGUACAGCACCGCUGGUCUACCGCCGUUUAUUUUUCCCUCUCUUCACCUUCAAAAAAAAAAAACACCACCACAAUUAUGCCGAAACUUCGUCAUCACCCACAUGUCAUUGUUCUGUCCUUGACUCUUCCAAUUUUGAACGGAUUCCUGCCAAGUCUUUGGAAAGCCCUGUGAACCAUGGAUGCCGCUGAACAAACUUUCACCUUCCAAAAAACUUUCCCCACCGAAUCUAUUUCUUUCCAAAUUGAUUUUCAACACAGAGAUCAUAUCAACCGCCCGCCCUUUUUGGAACGCGAGUGUAAGAAGAAACGACCGAUUCCACGAUGCAAUUUCUAUUUUUCAUCCCGAUUUCCCAUCUUUUUCUAUCUCCUUGCUUCUUUAAAAGUCUGAAGGAUGUUGGAAGUUCAUUAAGAGACCCUUAAGAAUCAUGUGGAGAUCGUGAAGAGGCCUUGUUCUCACGCCAAAAAUAUGCCGAUAUCGCGCUCGGCUUUCAGCGUAAACAAAAAAUAUCUGACAAAAGUGACGCGCGUUAUUAUCAAACCAGACCUCUUCAUAAUGAACCAUCCGCUUCUUGAGAGUGUGUCUGCGCGUCUCUAUGUACAAAUUAUUGUGUAAGAUUACGAGAUUGUAAUGAACAACUUAAAGAAUAAAUGUAACUUUUCCAGGA